UAUUGAUCGCCUUACGCUUUUACCUCCGACAAGGAAACGCUGUGUCGUCUUCGCCGGCGACGUUCAAAAGAGGCGGCAAUGGAAGUGAAAAGCCCUAAAAAGAAAAAAAAAACGAGGGAAAAUCAGAAAGAAAAAACAAAUAGAGAAGAUAAAGAACUGGAAGCACAAACAUGUCUUCUCCCACUUAAACCCAAUCUCCACACACUUCAUUCCUCUUUCUCAACAACUCCACCUAGGGGGUUUCUGUCUCCUUCUUCUUCCCUCUUGUUUUGUCGUACAAUUUGAAGAUAAUGGAGCCAGUCUCUGAAGGUUCAACUUCUACCUUAUCUGGCUUCAUGGAUAGGAGAAGGAGAAGCCCUCUGAUUCGUCGACCUCGUGAUAUAAAAGGGAGCUUGCAUAGUUUCACUUUCAUGCCACCCUCAAGUGACAACUCUCUGAAACUGAAGCUUAAGCUUGGCGGUGGCCUUACUCGUACUAUCCAAACCAACUCAGAGGCGGGUGUUUAUACCGAUAAUGAGAUAUGUGUUCAGAAAACUAUGUAUCUAAGAGAGAUACAUCAGUCCAUGACCGAAAAGACCAAACGAGGUCUUAAAAAACGUUUGCUGGAUCAAGAACAAGACAGUGAUGAUGAGGAGAUUAGAUACCUCGUUAAGUUAAAGUCUAAAAGGAUCACAAGGGAUUAUCAGACAAACAUGGAAGACGGAGAACAUCUCUCAUCAGACAAACAUGCUGUAACUGAAAGGCAUAAGCUGAAGAUGGGAACGGUUGAUUCGCUUGUGGAAGGAUCAACAAGUGGACACGUUCCUACUACACGCACCCGGGCUCCCACCGGGUCAAGUCCUCUUGAGUUUCCUGAUGGCUUACCUUGCCCCUCUUCUAAAAGACAAAAGCAAAAGCUGUCUGAGGUAGAGCAACAAUCCAAGAAGGCUGAAGCUGCACAGAGACGAAGAAUGCUGUCUGAAAAGGCUGCUCAAGAAGCUGAGGCUGAAGCUAUCAGGAAGAUACUUGGGCAAGACUCAGGGAGAAAGAAGAAAGAGGAGAAGAUUAAGAAACAACAAGAAGAACGAGCUCAGGAGAGAGCUACAAGAGCAAGCACACUCGCAUCAAACACUGUCAGAUUAGUUAUUGGUCCGAGUGGAACAACUUUGACAUUUUCUGAAGACAUUGGUCUUCCAGAUAUCUUCAAGCCAAUCACCUGCAGUUAUCCUCCUCCACGUGAGAAAUGCGUGGGGCCAAACUGUGAGAACUCGUACAAGUACAGGGACUCGAAGUCGAAGCUACCACUAUGCAGUCUCAGUUGUUACAAGGCUAUGCAACAACCUUUGAUUCAUUGCUAAUUGCUUAACAGAGUUUUGUUCAAAAUGUAUUAUUACACACGUAAUUGUUUCUUUUAACAUGCACAAACCUUCGCCUAUUUCACUGAAACAUUCAUCACCAGCAAACCAAUUCAAUUGACGACAAAUUUUGCUUAA